UUCAGGGGCAGCGCACGGCUUUGCUUCGAUCGUAGCCAAAUGGAUGCAUUGAUGUUUCAGUUUAUGUGUCGAAGUAGAGUCUUGAUGUUGUAGGAAAGCUAAAGUCACUCCAUCCUGCUCGUUCAUCAAUCUUCUACUUGAUGUAGUUCCACUUGCAUCAGCAUGAUCUGACGCAAAGAUGAAGGUCAAUAUCUAAGGUAGAAGAUAUCUUGAAGAUGGAAAAGCAUUUUUUUAUACCUCUGGAGUGGGUACAUUCAUUCAUUCAUAGUUGAUAUCUUGAUUUAUGGCACUGGAACAGCAAUGCCGACGAAAAUCCUAAUCUUAUGUCAUGAAAAGACGCUCUAGUACUAAUUGACUUCAACAGGGGUGGACGGGUGAUUGCUUCAUCUUGCAAGGACUCAAAAAUGGCUCCUCCACAACGCCACUUCAACCCUGGCCUGAGUGCCAUGGGGCUCCCUUAUUUCCUUUAUUAUCGUGCGUGGCGAUUUUUGUCGCUUUUCGUAAUCCUCGGCCGAAAGCACACACACGACAACCUUUCUUUGGGACCUGAGGCGACGGCUCUGGCCAUAGAUCCACUUUCGAAUAGUCCGGUGAAGGAUGACGUCCAUCAUUAAGGCUUCUCCUUAUCCAUCUUCGGAAGCAUCGCACGCAGAGACGUCCUCAAGGGGGAAACGGUCUCAGAAUGCGUCUCAAGAUGGAUAAGGGUGAGCUCUAACAUCAACAAUGGUGGCCAAACACGGCUGAGCCAGUGGAUGUUGUAAGAAGUGGACAGAAGCAAAAUCCUGGAGACACUACUGGCAGCAGUGGAACCUCUGAAACUGAAGAAGCCCAAGUUACUGCAGAAGAAGAAGUAAAGUCAACAUCGACUUCAUCCCGCCUGCGGAGUGGCUAUCUGGACUGCAGUGAGAGCGGCGAAGCUUUAGACGAGAAGGCCCUCAGGCGAGCCUAUCGACGAAUGGCACUUGAUGCCCAUCCUGAUGUUGCUUCUCGUAGAGCGGUAGAAGAAGGAGACCUAAAAGGUCAGGAGAGCAAUGUAGGCGAUAUUGCUGAGUUGCGAGAUCGGCUGAUUCGUGACCCUUUGCAAUUUCAGGUCUACCGUGCUAUGUUCGAUGGAAAACAGAAGCUUAGACCCUUCGACGAAGGAGAUGAAGUCUUUGAGCAAGUUGUACAAACGACAUUCUCCUCGAGCGCAGCGACUGAUACAACUGAAAGAACAGUUCCAACAUCAGUAUACCCCUCGAGCAGUAGUGCAACCAGUAGGAUUCAAGGAGUCGCGGCUCGAAUUGUUCGUAACGCAGACGGAGAUUCAAACUGGCCAUAUAUCGAAAUGGUGCUUCGCGUGGACAACCGUGACGGGCAGCUUUCUGCGGGUGGCCGCUGGAGUUUUGCCAUUGGCCACAAGGGCGUAAGCACAAUUCAUUACAGGGGAGACGAGGCGCAAGGUGGCUAUGAUCUCUGCUGUAGCUUUAUGCUGGGCGGCAGUCCAUGCACAACUAGUGAAACUGAAAGGCCUGUGGGCAAUGUGGAGCAACUCACAGAUACAAAAGACACCAGUAUGGGAGAUGAAGGCGGAACGAGCAAAGGUGGUUCGAAAUGCACGGCGGACGACGGCGCACAACAGAGCCGGGACGAAUCAUGUGUUAAAGGGCAAAAGAAUGGCCAAAAUGAUACAACUUCAGAAGUCGGGGAGAGGGAGUCUCAGAACGAUGUUGAAACUCCUAGCGACACCCUGACGGCUUUCCAGAACGACAAAGACUCUGGACAAAAGUCUGACUGUCCUCUUCCUGCACGCGACGAUUUGCUGUUCAGAGUGCGGCGGCCAUUGCAUUUGGAUUCGGUAGGUCAAUGGGGUUCUGCACUCCGGAUUCGAGAUGCAAAAGGCGGCAAGCCUCUCGUUUGUGCCGCACUAGCUUUUCCUGUGUUUGAAGAUCAGGGUUCGGACUCGGCUGCAAGAAGAGGAAGCCAAGAUGUCGAAGGUUCUGGCAAGGAGACGCAAACGGAUGAUCAUGAAGGUGCUAUGGGAAACAAAGCACGGGCGAACAACAAAACACACGAUGAAAGCGACCAGAACGAGGAUGGGUCGCGUUGUGAAGAUGGAGAUCGACAAGCCAAGAACAACCAAGAGCUGAAAUUUCAGUUGCUGAAGGCUGGCGAGUUCUGCGAGGAUGGAAUUGACAUUCUUGAAGGCCCUGUGGAUAAUUACAGUAGCGGCGGCUUUGACCCGUUCGAUUUCGCGCCGGGUCGAGAAGCACGAGCGAUGACGCCUCAGUCUGAACUUUAUGGCGGCAAUUGUAGGGCCAAGUGCGCAAAGAAGAAAAGAUGUCGUUUUUACACCAUAUACAGCAGUGGUUGGUGCCAACUUAGUACACGAUGUAGCCGUACACGCCCGACGGGUGACCCGCUGGCAGCAACUUUUAUAAAAAUAUGAUGCGCUGACGCUGAGCCUGGCCUUGACAUUUUUUCCUGUUAUCUAAGCCUAAGUGUAAGUAUCCACGCCCCCACGUAGAACCCCUGAAGAAAUGAUUGAUUCAUUUUAGAUGAUUAUGUAUGAUUCCCCCCGGCUGUCUACAAAGACCAGCACUAAAUCAUGAUCAUGACCCAGUUUAUUAACAGGUGACGUUGUUGAGCGCGAAGACGCAAAAUGCAUCAAAGCACCUACAAGAUGCUUCUCUUACUUAGGAACGAAAGUCGCCUUUGCUAGUCUUAGCGAUAAGACUAGGGGGCGGGCUGUCUAUUG